UCUUUCGUUUUCCAGUCGUAUUCAAUUUGGUUGAGAUUGUUGGAUCUCUCACCUACCGAUUCCCUUCAAUACUUCAUCUCCUGAUUCGUUUCGUUUCCGAGUGCACUUAGCAUCUCGCAUCACCAUAAGGUCGUCUGAUUCUAUCCGUGCAAGAAUUUGCAGCUUUCCUUUAUCCAGAGAAACCUGCUUCUUCUUAGGUUGCAGCACAGGCUUCGCCCUGACGUUUUAUUUUAUUUUAUGUUAUCUUAACACAAGAAAGAAAAUAAAGAAAUUGGCUUCUGACGUAUGCACCUGCUGGAAGCUCCGAUGCCUUUGCUGAUUGGAGAUGCGUUUAAUCCUUUCCUUCUUCACGAUAAAGCAUCACCUUUUUCUUACUUGUGCACUUGUGAUUCCUUUGCUCUAAAAGGACCUCAUCACUUGCUCUUCAGUUGUGUUUCCUUCUCAGUUCUUUUUCGUCAUAGCAUUCUGAUCUGUCGCUAGCUCCACCAUAUUUUUCCUGUUACUCUACUUAUGCAGCUUCAUUGCUUGGUUGCACAUUGAAUGUCCUGACAAAUGGGAGCAUUGCUAGCAGAUUUCUCUUCUCUGGAUAACCAUACCAAACAUGAGGGAAUCACCUUCAACACAGGGGGAACCAUCUACGUCUGCUACGGUUGAUGAUAGUUGCUCAGCUGACAGGGUUGAAGAUUCACAAUUAUUCCUCUCUGUACCCGCUUUAAAUCAAGCUGCAUCUUAUCUUGCCCAGACAGCUUCAUUUCUAACCCAGUGCCUCCCUGUACCUGGUUAUGUGGGUCUAUCUGAGGAGGAUCAAGAGUUAGUAACACUGCCACCUGCAUCGGCAGUAGACAGGCUUUCUGUUCAGACCUCUUCCGUAGUGUCUACUGGCACCAAUUCAUCCCUUGGUCAGACAGAUUGCAGUGGAAGCCCCUCUCAAGAAAACACAGGUCAAAUGGUGCCUUCACAUGUUUUUCAGAAUGGGGCUUCGCUGUUUCAAGGUCUUGUAGAGCGUGCACGGAAAACUGUUCGUGGUUCGGCAGAUGAUAUCGGCUGGCUCCAGAGGGAUCAAAGCUUACCUACAACUGAGGAUGGGACAGCCAGAUUCUUGGAGAUCUUGGACUCUGUGAGAAAAAAUGAGCACAAGCUACCUGAUUCAGUUGUUUACUUGUUGGUUCCAGGUCUGUUUAGUAACCAUGGACCACUUUACUAUGUCAAGACAAAGGCAUACUUCUCCAAGAUGGGUCUAGCUUGCCAUAUUGCCAAAAUUCAUAGUGAGUCUUCAGUAAGUAAAAACGCGCGAGAGAUAAAGGAAUACAUAGAAGAAAUAUACUGGGGAUCAAGGAAACGAGUGCUACUUCUCGGUCAUAGUAAGGGCGGUGUAGAUUCGGCUGCAGCCCUCUCCCUCUACUGGCCACAGCUGAAAGACAAAGUUGCAGGUUUGGUAUUAGCUCAAAGUCCAUAUGGAGGAAGCCCAGUUGCUUCAGAUGUCCUGCGAGAGGGGCAGCUUGGUGACUAUGUCAGAUUGCGUAAAAUCAUGGAGAUUUUGGUAUCCAAAGUCCUUAAGGGUGAUUUGCAGGCUCUAGAAGAUCUGACCUAUGAAAGGAGGAAAGAAUUCCUGCGACAGCAUCCAUUGCCUCAGGAGGUUCCCAUCGUAUCAUUCCACACCGAGGCAAGCGUCACUCCUAGUGUGCUCACCGCGCUUUCUCAUGUUGCGCACUUGGAGCUCCCGAUUGCUGCCGAUGGCAAUUCCACCAGGAUACCGGUUGUAAUGCCACUUUCAGCUGCAAUGGCAGCAUGCUCUCAACUUCUGGUGGCAAGGUAUGGUGAGAAAAGUGAUGGUCUUGUGACGAGAAAGGAUGCUGAGGUUCCUGGAUCGGUCGUGGUCCGGCCAGAGAGGAAGCUAGACCACGCAUGGAUGGUGUAUUCCUCUCUAAAAGAAGAGCCUGGCGAUCAGGCGGACACAUCGCAGGUAUGCGAAGCACUGCUGACCCUGCUUGUAGAGGUUGCACAGAAAAGGAGGCACGAGACGGCCAUGAAAGAUGAGUGAGAGUAUUACUACUUGUUAGUGUUGCCCUGAGAUGCAUGAUGUAUCCUGUAAUCGUGGAAUUUGGUUAUGUUGGCUGUACAGAGUUGGGCUCAAAGUGCUUCUGGACCUGUUUUUUGGUUGGUUUGCAGAAGCUUAUGAAUGCCCUUACCUAUCAUGUGGAACUUUGAAGGUGGAUAGAAAAGGCUGUUAGAAACGGUUGGCAUGUUGCCCCCAAUAUAUCAGAUUGUUUGAGCUAA